GUUGAGGACGAGGAGGCGGCAGGAACAGUGACGGUGUCGCCGAAGAGCCGGACUGCCGGCACGCAGAGCUGACCGGCCUGGCCCCCGCGGCCCUCUCCCGCCUCUCUCCCAUUGUGUUGGAACCCUAAAAAGAAAGAAUAUAGCAACAACAAGAAAAAGACUAAGAUUGUGACAAAGACCCAACUGGGUUCUCUUGGUUAUAAACUCUUCUCCAUCUGGUGCUACAACAAUGAGUGGGAAAUCCCUGCUCUUAAAGGUCAUUCUCUUGGGUGAUGGUGGAGUUGGGAAAAGCUCGCUCAUGAACCGUUAUGUAACCAAUAAAUUUGACUCCCAGGCUUUUCACACCAUAGGGGUAGAGUUCUUAAAUCGAGAUCUGGAGGUAGAUGGACGUUUUGUAACUCUCCAGAUCUGGGACACUGCAGGUCAGGAACGCUUCAAGAGCCUUAGGACACCCUUCUACAGGGGAGCAGACUGCUGCCUCUUGACUUUCAGCGUGGAUGACCGGCAGAGCUUUGAGAACCUUGGUAAUUGGCAGAAAGAAUUCAUCUACUACGCAGAUGUGAAAGACCCUGAGCACUUCCCCUUUGUAGUUCUGGGUAACAAAGUAGACAAAGAGGAUAGGCAAGUGACUACUGAGGAGGCACAGGCCUGGUGCAUGGAGAAUGGAGAUUACCCUUAUCUAGAAACAAGUGCCAAAGAUGAUACUAAUGUGACAGUAGCCUUUGAAGAAGCUGUCAGGCAGGUGUUAGCUGUAGAGGAACAGCUGGAGCAUUGCAUGUUAGGUCACACUAUUGACUUGAACAGUGGUUCCAAAGCAGGAUCUUCAUGCUGUUAAAAGUGGGAAGCCUUUUAAAAGUGUGCCCCAACUGGUCAGUCAGUAGUGUAAGAGUAACUGUGCCCCUCUAAGACUGCACACACAUACAAAAGGGUAAGAGAUAAGGU